AUGAAAUAACUACAAGAGAAACUCUCAAAGACUCUAGUCGAACAAAAAUAAGUAAUCAAGGAAAAUAAAAAGUUAGAAUCUUAAAUUAGAUCAUUAAAUGAUUAAAUCUCAACAAUAAGUCAAAAAUGUUCAUUUUUAACUGAUUAAUUGAAUUUAUAAAAAAUGACCAAUAAAAGGCUCAAUAAUGGGUUGAUAUCAUUUGAUGAUGUUGAAAUGAGUGGUUAAUUAACACAAUUUUAAAAUUUUUAGAUAUAUGAAAAAGAUAAAAAUAUUAUAGAACUGAAGAAAGAAUUGGAAUAAAAAAAUUAUGAAAUUUCAAAAUUAAAAGCUGCGAUGUCAGUUUCUAAUCUAGUAUACGAUGGAACAGAAUCAAAAAUAUAACAAUAUGAAUAAGAAAUAGAAAAAUAGAUAUCAAGAAAGGACACUUUAUAAAAUAGGGUUGAUGAACUCCAAUAAACAUUGGGAGCUGAAGCACAAUUUAGGAUUGAAUUAGAACACUUGAGAGCUGAAAAUCAAAUAUAUUCAUAGCUUCUUGGGUUUACUCCUAAUUUAGAAAAUUAAGGAGUCUAUUAAUACAAUCCAAAUUCUGUAUAAUUAAAACUAAUUAAAAAUAUCAAAUAUCCAAUAAAACCACAAAAUCUAACAUUUGAUAUCUGCAAAAAUUGCAAUAGAGAAUUUUAUUAAUAUCGUCCAUGCUGCAAUCCAUUAUAUACUUUGAAUGAUAAAUUAUUAUUUGUUCCAGGAGAUGCAUUCAAUUUUGCUUAAGUUUUCAAAGAUAAAUAUUUGAAAAGAAAAAAUGACUUAGAGAUUGAUGAACUUUUAGAAAUCUUACUGUUUGAGCUUAAUAAAAUUUGGCAUGACCGAGAAAAAAACCAUUUGUUAUUGCUAGCAAAACAUUGCAAUAGAAGGAUAUAAGAAAUUCAAAGAAGUAAUUCUUAACAACCUCUUAAUGAAAAAGAGAUGCUUCAGAAUAUUAAGAGAUUGAAAUAAUAAGUUAAAGAAUUACAAUAAGAGAAUUUAGAAUAUUUUAAUCAAAGGUUUGGUAAAGCAUCCAUUCAUAUUUGA